AUACUGUAUAUUAUUGUAAGCUGGCAGCACUGCGGGACGCGCUUGUGACGCUCGCGUAACGCAACUCGCGUUCGGCACUUCCGCCUCGGUUGGCAGCUGUCACCGCAGUCAGAGUGCGAGCAGCAGCCGAAGUGAAUUCUGAUGCAACACAACAGCACAAAGAUGUUCUCGGCUGGAAGAUACGUGCGAGUCCCAACGGGCUCCGGACACUGGACGAUCAGCGAAGAGGAGGAGGAGAUAAGGGAUCAGACGGAACCCGUUGCAGCAAACGCUCAAAACGACGAUACCGAUCCUCCUCGGGCGAAAGGGCCGCUCGUGAACAUCGAUGCAAACAAAACGGGUCGCGAGGACAACCGAGCUUUCAUGGAGCGAUUGAACCAAUUCGAAGGGGCACUCAAUCAAAUACAGGAGAUGUUUGCUGCCAACCAACCUGGCCAUUAUGAUUUGCCACCCCGCGAAGAAUCCUGGAGCCACAACGCGCGAGGACAAUCCAUGGCUUCGGGGAUCAACCUGCGCUUUGAGAGCAUUCAACCCUUCCCUGAAGACAUUCCCGGCAACCAGAUGUGGGCCGAGUGGAACAAAUUCAUCGAUCGAUUCGAGAUCUCGGUUUCGGUGGCGAACGUUGAUGACCAGGUUAAGCGCGCGCAAAUGUUGUUCCUGGCAAUGGGACCAAAACUGCAGGGAAUAAUUACAGCUGGAAGACUUCGUCCCAGUCUCCAGGACCCCAACGCGUACGACCGGUUUGUGCACAACGUGGAACGCUAUCUACAUUCAAUGAUCGACCUGGAUGCUGAACACGUCGCGUUCCAAAGCCUCAAGCAAGGUCCGGAUGAACCGACCGUUGCAUUCCACGCGCGCCUGAUGGAGAAAGCGCGCCUCUGCAGAUAUAACAAGGUCGACCAAGAUCGAUUUGUUCGCAGCCAGUUGCUGGCCGGAAUGAGCAACCAAGGUGUGGCGGACAUGUGUCACAAUCUCAGCAUGAGUACUGCAUCCAUUUUGCAGAUGGCCGGCCGCACUGAAACCCGCGCAAAGAAGUCAACCCCAGCGGAACCUGAAGAGAAGCUGCCUCAAGCAUUCGCUGUCGAGCAGCGCUCACAAAGGUGGCGUGCGCCGGACUCUCGCUUCGAAGCAGCCGGAGUACGGAAAAGCCCAAAGCGUCUCGAGGAGGUCGGCAGAUCUUGGCCCUACUACGAAAGUGGAAGUGGACGGGAAGAUUCCAGGCGGGAAAAACGCAAGCACGAGGGUGUCUACGACCAGCGGAAGCGAGCGGUUGGGCAUCGGGACAACGAAGGUGGUUACCGUAACGUUCAACGAGACGGAAGGAAUGGAAGGGUCCGCGAACAAGACCGCCGCGGCCGAUGCUCCAGGUGCAACAAAUCUUAUCACAAGUUCGGCACCUGCCCCGCGCUGGAGAGGAAGUGCCUUUCGUGCGGUGACGUAGGUCAUUUUGCAUCCGUUUGUCGGGCAAAGCAGGAGGCAAACAAUGUCGAGCACUCCGGAUGGACCGACGACGAGGACUCCAAGAUAAACGCACUCACACUCGCGGACGCGCUGAUUAACCUUCGCCUGGGAUCUUCGAGUCCCAUCCAGUUCUUAAUCGACUCCGGGGCGGACGUAAACUUAGUUGGUGGUAAGGACUGGAUCAACCUAAAGCGGGAGUUUCAUGCUGGCCAAGCGGUGCUCGAACCGAUGGAAAUACCAACGAAAAACCUGCGAUCAUAUGCUUCAGCGAAGUCGAUCACCGUCUCGUGUCGGUUCAAGGCCAUUGCUGAGGUGGUCGGACAUGCGAAACCCGUGAUCGUAGCCGAAUUUCUAGUUGUCGCAGAUGGAGGCCAGUCCCUCCUGAGCCGAUCAACAGCGAGUGAUUUGCGGCUGCUGGAAGUUGGCCCGUCUGUUAACAACUGUAGCGUUGAAGAGUUCCCCAAAAUGCCGGGCGUGUUGAUUAAGUUCAGCGUCGACAAGUCGAUCCCACCUACUAAAAACGCAUAUUACAACGUCCCAGCCGCCUACAGAGCGAGUGCUAGGGCACGACUGCAGGAAAUGGAAGCCAAAGGGAUAAUAGAACGAGUGGUCAAGGCACCAGACUGGAUCAGCGGAUUGUCCGCGGUCGCUAAAGGCAAGGGGGACUUCAGGCUUGUUGUAAAUAUGCGUGCACCAAACAAGGCCAUCAAGCGGGAAUAUUUCCGGUUGCCGUUGCUGGACGAGAUACGGAUCAAGCUCCACGGGGCGAAAUACUUCUCGAAGUUGGACUUGUCCAGCGCUUUCUACCACCUGCAGCUACAUCCCGAAUCGAGAGACCUCACUACAUUUCUGUCAGAAGACGGAAUGUUCCGGUUCACACGGUUGCUGUUCGGGGUGAAUGCGGCUCCUGAAAUAUUCCAGCGGGAAAUGAUCAGAAUUUUCCGCGGAGUUGACAACAUCAUCGUUUAUAUCGAUGAUAUUCUGAUCUACGCGGACUGUAUCGAAAAGCUGCGGAAAACGCUAACGGAAGUUCUGAAGAUCCUUCGUGAGAACAACCUGACGGUGAACACAACCAAGUGCGAGUAUGAGAAGACCCGAAUCAAGUUUCUGGGACACGAGCUGGACCAGGAAGGAUUCCACAUCGACGAGCAGAAGAUUCAGGACAUCCGUCGGUUCAGACACCCAUCGACCGUCUCCGAGCUGCGAAGCUUCCUUGGGUUGGCCUCAUUCAUGAGUCCGUACCUUGAGAAGUUCGCCGACACUGCAAGCCCCCUUUGGGCGGUAACCAGCGCAAAUGCAUGGUCGUGGGGUAUCGACCAGGAAAGGGCGUUUCAGGGGUUGAAGGAUCAAAUUGUCCAUUGCACUACCACUCUCGGGUAUUUCUCCGAGAACGACACGACCAUUUUAUACACCGAUGCCUCCCCGAAGGCGCUUGGAGCCGUUCUCGUUCAGCAGAGUAGUCAGCGGUCCCCACGAGUGAUAAGUUUCGCAUCAAAAGCCCUCACCCCGACUGAGAAACUGUACCCACAGAACCAGCGGGAGGCCUUGGCGGCAGUCUGGGCAGUUGAGCACUAUUCUUACUUCCUUCUCGGGCGUCCUUUCGUUCUACGUACUGAUGCACAGGGUGUCACGUUCAUACUAGACCGCUCACGGGAGAACACGAAACGUGCUCUAACUCGUGCCGAUGGAUGGGCGCUUCGGUUGAGCCCCUACAAAUUCCUGGUUGAACACGUGAGCGGUCGAGAAAACAUCGCUGAUCCCUCAUCGCGACUAUACGACGGGAACGAUGGCCCGUUCGAGGAGGAAAACAGUCCGUGGGAGAUCGCGUGCUUACAGGCGAACCAAGUCCAAAUCUUGACGGAGGAGGAAAUUAAGGCCGCUACGAUCGAUGACGAUCAACUUCAAAAGGUGAUGGACGCUCUGGACACGGGUUACUGGUCGCACCAGCUCAAGCUUUUCGAGUCCCUUUGUGACGAACUCACUGUGCGCGACGGCAUCCUGAUCAGGGCGGGUUGCGUGGUAAUUCCCGAAACACUCCGUCAGAAAGCUCUGGCAGUUGCUCACGAGGGCCAUCCGUCUGCCGCGAAACUGAAGAGCAUCCUGAGAGAGCGCGUGUGGUGGCCUAGCAUGAACAAGGAUGCUGUUGCUUGGGUUGAAUCUUGUGCGGUUUGUGCCACUAACGGUAGACCGGAAAAGCCCACUCCAAUGCAGCGUUUUCUCGCUCCGAAAAACGUGUGGGAAACAAUCGCACUCGACUUCAACGGGCCGUACUCGAGAUUCGGAGGAAUAUAUAUCCUGGUAAUCGUAGAUUAUCGUUCAAGGUUUGUAAUCGCCAAGCCCGUUAAAUCCACCAGCUUUGAAGAAACGAGGAAAGCUCUCGAUUCUGUGUUUGAAAAAGAAGGCUACCCACAAUGUAUGAAGUCGGACAACGGUCCGCCGUUUAACGGCGAGGAUUAUCGACGGUACUGUGAAGGGCGCGGCAUAAGGACUGUCUUCUCUACUCCACUCUACCCGCAGCAAAAUGGGCUGGCGGAGGUUUCCAUGAAGCUUAUAAACAAGUCGAUGAUCGCUGCCGCCACGAACAACACAAGCUACGUCGACGAGUUGAACGCCGCUGUUAACGCGCAUAAUGCAGCCGCACACGCAGUCACGAAGAUCCCGCCAGAGGAAGUGAUGACGCGACGAAAAAUCCGUCGAGGACUGCCUCUUGUAUGUCCCGGACAAUCUUCAUUCGAUGACAACGUUCUUGAUUCGCGAGACCGGGAGUCAAAAAUGCUCGCCAAGGAACGAGAAGAUCAAAAGCGAAGUGCGCGUGAGUGUCGAGUCAAGUUAGGAGAUUCGGUGGUGAUCGAGCGGCAAACUCGCGCGAAGGGGGAAUCACGAUUUUAUCCGCGCAAGUACUGUGUAACCGGGGAAAACAACGGAAUGCUAGUACUUUGUGAUGAUGCGGGUCAAGUGCUUAAAAGGCACGUCUCUCAAACCAGGAAAGUUAGCGAAUGGCGGCCCAAAGCAAAUGACCUGGAAAAGGACAAGGAGGACGCUACUCGGCCGGAAACAGCUUUGCAGCAGCAUCAGGCUCAGCAACCAACUCGUGAAACUGCACCAAUCCAGCGUCCAGGAAGGGAAAAACGAGUUCCAAGCCACUUGAAAGAUUUCGUUUUUGUUGCGGAGCAGCAAUAACUGGAUUUUGUGAUCAUUCUUUUUCGAAAAAUUCACUUUGUUUCGCACGAUCAGGGUAUCGGCAAAGGGAACGUGGGGAACGGUCAGUGGGACAAUGAGUGUUCUUGAAAGAUAGACACUUCAAUAAUUCGCAAAUAAACUCAGGUCGGAUCAGAAUAUUGUUUCCUUGACUAACUGAACUGAUUAUUUUUACAACGAUGAGAGAAAAAGGUAAACAUUGAGAUGACGUUUCUUGCCCCACUGCAAAGAGGGAAGGGAAUGACAGAAUGACGUUUAUAAUCCCACUGCAAAAAGAAAGUGCGAACGCCCCGUGGGAAAAACCUGGCGCGGAAUGUCCUCGGUAAAUCGUCAGAGACAAAAAGACACUUCUCAAAACUCAAAGUUUCCUAGAUGUAGUUUAUGCUGAGGGAGGGGGAUGUGAGAUACUGUAUAUUAUUGUAAGCUGGCAGCACUGCGGGACGCGCUUGUGACGCUCGCGUAACGCAACUCGCGUUCGGCACUUCCGCCUCGGUUGGCAGCUGUCACCGCAGUCAGAGUGCGAGCAGCAGCCGAAGUGGUAAGUUGUGACAGAUUGUGCUGGGUGAUUC